AUGGAUCUUCCGUAUUGCAAAGAGCGACUCAUUGCAGAACUAGCUGUCCAAAGAGCCGCCCUUCUUACGAAAAAGGUCCUGAGAGAAAUCGACAAAGGCACCAUAUCCAAGAGUGACAAAAGCCCGGUCACAAUUGCGGAUUUCGCUGCGCAAGCGCUGUUAAUUUGCGCCAUCCACCAUAACUUCCCGGAUGACAAGUUCGUUGGCGAAGAAGCUGCGGACACGUUGCGCGAGGAUGUCGAACUUCAAAAGAGAGUUUGGGAUUUAGUCUCCGCGAAAUAUCUUGAUUAUCGAGAGACAGAUGCGUUGCUGUCGACCCCGGUUUCGUCAGAGGAGAUGCUCAAUAUCAUUGACCUGGGCUGCGGGCCUGGUGGACGCACAGGACGUAUUUGGAUGCUGGACCCUGUGGACGGCACAGCUGCUUUCAUGCGUGGACAGCAAUAUGCGGUCAGUUUGGCUCUCGUGGAAGAUGGGCAGGAGGUGGUUGGCGUAGUGGGAUGUCCGAAUUUGAAUCUUGAAAAUGGCAAGAUUCACGAGGACCGAGUUGAUCGGGAGGGUUACGGUAUGAUGCUUUCUGCUGUUCGGGGGCAGGGAGCCUUUAUACGGCGGAUAUCGAGUGGUGGACUUGAGGCGGCGGGCAGAAUUGAGAGGCCGCUUGAUGGUGCGGAUGUGAAGGACCUGCACUGGGUCGAGGGAACUACUAGCAGGUCAAACGAUAUUGACAAGCAAUGGAAGCUAGCGAAAAGUCUUGGGAUUUCGUUCCCAGGGACGGAUCUAUAUUCAUCGCAAAUGAGAUAUAUUGCGCUUGCUGUUGGAGGCGGCGACAUAAACGUAACUAUCCCAAAGAAGAAGGAUAAGAUUUCUUGGGUCUGGGACCAUGCUGGUGGGCAUUUGAUUCUCAAAGAGUCCGGGGUUUUGGUGACAGAUUUGAAUGGAAAGGAGUUUGACUUUGGCGCGGGUCGCUAUCUGGGAGGGAAUUAUGGAAGGAUCGUGGCGCCUAUAAAGAUUCGGGAAGAGAUAAUGGCAACUGUGGUGCAGUUUCUAGCAGAAUGA